AUGCGCUCUCCGCGUAGAGACCCGGGCAGCGCUUCUUGCGGACCGAGAGUCGCCAUGUCGGGGGCGGCUGCGGGGGCGGCGGGCUCCGGCGCGGGCUCGGUGGCCUCGGUGGUGCGGCGCUUCCUGUCCGAGUACAGCAGCGGGACGCCGAGCCGGCUGAAGGUGCUGGACGCCUACCUGCUCUACGUCAUGCUGACGGGGGCGCUGCAGUUCGGCUACUGCCUGGGCGUCGGCACCUUCCCCUUCAACUCCUUCCUCUCGGGCUUCAUCUCCGCCGUGGGCAGCUUCAUCCUGGGCGUUUGUUUGAGGAUCCAAAUCAACCCACAGAACAAAGGGGAGUUUCAGGGCAUCUCCCCAGAACGAGCCUUCGCCGAUUUCCUCUUCGCCAACACCAUCCUCCAUCUCGUCGUCAUCAACUUUGUGGGCUGACCGAACGGUUUUGGAUUUUU